ACUCAUUCGUUUUGGUAAAAUGUCAAUGUCAAAAACAUCUGAAAAAUCUCGUAAAACAUGAAAAUUGAAAAUUUUGAAACCGGGUUAUAUAUUUCUGGUUUAUAUAACACUGUUAAUAUUCGUCAGUGAUUCAGAAGAUAUCGCAAUAUUUAUGCUACAUAGUUAUUAUGUCUUUGACACGGUUAACAUUUCUCCGUCCCCUGUGCAAUGUUGCAAAGAAUUCUCUGCUUCGUAGAUGCUAUUCUCAGAACGCUAUCAAUUUAAGUGAACCAGCAGUCCAACUUUACUUACGAAACUUGAUGUUGGAACAUGAAAACCUACUUGUCAAAAACAAACGAAGCUCCUAUGAGAUAAAGCGACUUGGUGAAAUUAAGCCUAUCGUUCACGUUUUGGAGCAAAGAAUAGCCCUCUUCGACAGCAUAGAGGAUCUCAAAGAGCUCAAUAAAAAGGAUAAAGAUGACGAAAUAAAGAAAAUGAUCAAAGAAGAAGCCGAAAUUUACUUGACAAGGAUUAAAGAUGUGGAUGAUGAGUUGCAGGCCAUCCUCCUCGCCCCGUACCUGACUGAGGGUGGAGUACUGCUGGAGGUCACCUCCGGGGCCGGGGGACAGGAGGCCAUGCUGUUCGCCAGAGAACUAUUUGAUUUGUAUGAAUCAUAUGCAAAUUACAAAGAUUGGCAAGUUGAUGUAGCUUCAUUGGAAGCUUCUGAUAUUGGUGGGUUAAAGAAAGGAUCCAUGUUGAUCAGUGGCUAUGGAGUACCUGAACUAAUGAGGAUGGAGGCGGGAGUGCACCGGGUGCAGAGAAUACCAACCACUGAGAAAGGAGGCCGCAUCCACACCAGCACAGUGUCAGUGGCUGUGCUUCCACAGCCUAGUGAAGUGGAAAUAGAUAUUCCUGAUCGAGAUCUUCAAAUUGAAACAAAGCGGGCCAGUGGGGCAGGAGGCCAGCAUGUUAACACAACUGACAGUGCUGUCCGCAUUAUACACUUGCCUACUGGGACCACAGUAGAAUGCCAGGAAGGAAGGUCCCAGAUUAAAAAUAGAGAAAUAGCAAUACAGAAACUAAGAACACUUUUGCUUCAGAAAUCAGAACAGGACCAGACAUCUAAGAUCAAUGCAGAGAGGAAAUCACAGGUUGGUUCAGGAGAGAGGAAUGAGAAGGUGAGAACAUACAACUACCCGCAAGACCGAGUGACGGAGCACCGGCCGGGCGGGGGCACGCUGCACAACAUCAAGGCCUUCAUGACCGGCGGCGAGGCGCUGGAGCAGCUUCAAGAAGGGCUUGUGAGGCAGCAGCGGUACCAAGAACUCAUGGAACAAAUAAACGACUUCAUGAAAAAAGUAAAGCUUGAAGAUGAAAAGAAAUGCUGAGUGAGUAGAAUAAUUUUCGUUGUAAAUAAAAUUCUCAGUCAAAUAUCAAUAAA